UUGAACGCAGCACGGGACAAGCGAGGAAAAAAUAGGAAGAAAUCCACGUCGCCCGUGUUGCAUCGUAAUAGUUCCAUCGUAAUAGUACAUCCGUGCAGCGUUUCUCAAUGUGUCCGCCUGUUUGAGGGAAAUCUCUUCGUUCAGGGGAUAGCGGCGAGAAAAAACCACUCCCCGCAUCGGUCCUGCCUGCUGCUGAACGCGAGAAAAUGGAGCUGGAAGACGGAGUGGUGUACCAGGACGACCCGGGCACGUCGGCGAUGAUGUCGGAGCGGGUGUCGGGCCUGGCCAACUCCAUCUACCGGGAGUUUGAGCGGCUCAUCGGCAAAUACGACGAGGACGUGGUGAAGGAGCUGAUGCCGCUGGUGGUGGCCGUGCUGGAGAACCUGGACUCGGUGUUCGCCGAGAACCAGGAGCACGAAGUGGAGCUGGAGCUGCUGAAGGAGGACAACGAGCAGCUCAUCACCCAGUACGAGCGGGAGAAGGCGCUGAGGAAGCACGCAGAGGAGAAGUUCAUUGAGUUUGAAGACACUCACGAACAGGAGAAGAAGGAUCUGCAGAACCAUGUGGACCGAAUGGAGUCGCACUCUCGGCAGCUGGAGCUCAAGAUCAAGAACUACGCGGACCAGAUCGGUAGGUUAGAAGAACGAGAGCUGGAGCUGAAGAAGGAAUACAGCUCCCUCCAUCAGCGACACACAGAGAUGAUCCAUAAUUACAUGGAGCACGUUGAGAGGAUCAAAAUGCAGCAGAUCAGUGAGACUUCAGAGUCCAGCACGGUCAGCCGAGUCAGGAGAGAGCGUCCUCUGUCUUUGGGGAUCUUCCCGUCGUCUGCCGGGGCGUCUCUGCUGAUCUCAGACCCGCAGACCCGAGCAGAGACUCCAGGCACAGAAGGCUGGAGGUUCACCGACUCCUCACAGCCUCGAUCCAACGCCAGUCUGAAGCAGUUGGACUUUGUCGACCCCCCGAAGGAAAGGGAGGGUAAGAGAGCGCAGGACUCUACUUGGGGGAAUUCACUGGCAGACGACUGCAAGGAUGAGCUGUCAGACUUCACCGGCUCCAAGUCGGCCACACCGAUGUCCACCACUGCCUCGGACAUGGAGAGGGAAGACGGGAACAGUAAGAGCACAGAGGUGCAGGCGGCACCAGGGACCAGGUCCAUUUCAGUAGGUUUACCUGAAAACGAGGACAGCUCAGAUGUGCAGGACAUCAUCGAGUCCACGCCUGAGCUGGACAUGGACCUGAUCGGAUACAAACCCUGCAGUACUCCCACCAAAGGCAUCGAGAACAUGGCGUUUGACCGCAACACAGACUCCCUGUUUGAGGAGCUGUCGUCUGCGGGCACGGGGCUGAUCGGGGACGUGGACGAGGGGGCGGAUCUGCUGGACCUUAGUUUGAUUGGUAUGGGCCGUGAAGUUGAAAAUCUGAUUCAGGAGAAUUCACAACUGCUUGAGACAAAGAAUGCCUUAAAUGUGGUGAAUAAAGACUUGAUACUGAAGGUGGACGAGUUGACCUGUGAGAAGGAGAUGCUGCAGGGAGAGCUGGAGGCUGUAUUACAGGCCAAAACCAAGCUGGAGGACAAGACCAGAGACCUGGAGGAGGAGCUCAAGAAAGUACGAGUGGAGAUGGAGGAAGUGAAACAGAAAACUAAAGACGAAGAAGAUAGUGACGUACCGACGGCUCAGAGGAAACGCUUCACCAGAGUGGAAAUGGCCCGAGUGCUGAUGGAGAGGAACCAGUACAAAGAGCGACUGAUGGAGCUGCAGGAAGCUGUGCGGUGGACGGAGAUGAUCAGGGCUUCAAGGGAAAAUCCAACUCUGACAGAAAAGAAGAAAUCCAGCAUUUGGCAGUUCUUCAGCAGACUGUUUAGCUCCUCCUCCAGCUCCCCCGCCAUCAAGAAGGUGGAGUCCCAGUCCAACGUCAAGUACAACAGCCCCGGCGGCAUGGUGAAGAGGAGCAGCACCUUCUCCCAGUUCCCCACCGAGAAGUCCAAGACGUUCGACUUCCUCAAUGAAGAUAAGGAGCAGUGCAGUUCGCCUUCACGUAAAGAGCAGAAGAGGGCCCAGUACCGACAGAUGAAGGCCCACAUGCAGAAGGAGGACGGACGAGUCACUGCGCAUGGAUGGAGCCUCCCCAGCAAAUACAAGGUAGCAAACGGUGGACAGGUGGAAAACAAGAUGAACCUUCCAGUACCGGUUUACUUGAGACCUCUGGAUCAGAAAGACGCUUCUAUGAAGCUGUGGUGUGCUGCAGGGGUGAACCUGUCGGGGGGUCGGACGGCUCCAUCAGAGCUCAGUAAGCAGACCAAGGGUUCUCAGAGUAGCCUGGACCAGCUGGAGCAGGAGAGCAAGGAUCAGGAGAAGGAGAAGGAGCUGAUGGUCCAGGACGAGGUGUCCAGCAGGGUUUGGGUUUGCACCAGCACCCACUCCUCCACCAAAGUCAUGGUGCUCGACGCCAGCCAGCCUUCAGACCUGCUGGACAGCUUCUACGCCUGCAACACCCACGUGGUCUGCAUCGCCAGCGUGCCGGGUGUGCUGGAUUCUGAUUAUCCGGCUGGUGAGGAGGUACCAAAGGAUCUGGAGGCCAGUCAAGGUGACGGGGUGUCGCUGGCAGGAAGUGUGGCCAGUGUGGGCUCCACGGGCAGCGACGGCGCCAUGGCAGCAGAGGGCGCCACCGCCGUCCCCCAGACGGCAGGUUCAGGCGUCAGCGACCAGCCGACCGAGCACAGCGCCAUCUCAAGCUCCGUGGAGCUGUCCAGAGAGACCAGUCCAACAGAAGACGUGGUUCCUACAGCGGAGGAGGCGACGGAAGCGACAGAGGCCAACGCUGGUGUGGGCGAAGAAGGAGAGGAGGACCAGGAAGCGGAUCAGAACCAGCCAGGAAUCUAUACGGAGCACGUUUUCACCGACCCGCUGGGGGUCGGACCCACCGACUCUUCUCCGGCUGAAACACAGAGGGGCUCUGGACAGGACGGUGAGGCCUCACUGCCAGAAGACUCGGACCCAUCAGAAGGUGAAGCCCUGAGGAUGAGCAGCGCUCUGCCUACCAUGUGGCUGGGAGCUCAGAACGGAUGCCUGUACGUCCACUCAUCCGUGGCUCGAUGGAGGAAGUGUCUCCACGCCAUCAAGCUCAAAGACUCCAUCCUCAGCAUAGUGCACGUCAAAGGGAGAGUUCUGGUCGCUUUGGCUGAUGGCUCAUUAGCCAUUUUCCACAGAGGCAUCGACAGUCAGUGGGAUCUGACCAACUACCACCUGCUGGAUCUGGGCCGGCCUCACCACUCCAUCCGCUGCAUGACUGUGGUCCACGACAAGGUCUGGUGCGGCUACAGGAACAAGAUCUACGUGAUCCAGCCCAAAGCCAUGAGGAUAGAGAAGUCGUUUGACGCUCAUCCUCGGAAGGAGAGUCAGGUCCGGCAGCUGGCCUGGGUGGGAGACGGCAUCUGGGUGUCCAUCCGACUGGAUUCAACUCUGCGCUUGUUUCACGCCCACACUUACCAGCACCUCCAGGACGUGGACAUCGAGCCCUACGUUAGCAAGAUGCUAGGUACGGGUAAACUGGGCUUCUCUUUUGUGAGAAUCACGGCUCUGGUGGUGUCCUGCAGCCGGCUGUGGGUCGGGACAGGAAACGGCGUCAUCAUCUCCAUCCCGCUGUCUGAAGCUACCAAGUCAACAGGCAUCGUGCCAAACCGGCCCGGCGGCGCUGUGCGGGUCUACGCUGAUGACGCCUCAGACUGUGCCAUGCCAGGCGGCUCCGUGCCGUACUGCUCCAUGGCUCACGCCCAGCUGUGUUUCCAUGGACACCGAGAUGCUGUCAAGUUCUUCGUGACGGUUCCAGGUCAGGCGAUGCCACCUCCAGGCAGUGCAGAUUCCGGCUCAGACGAUCCUCCGUCUGAAUCCUCCGACACGACGACCUCUGAGCCCAAAACGUACCUGGUGAUGAGCGGAGGGGAAGGCUACAUCGACUUCAGAAUGGGCGAUGACGGCAGCGAGUUGGACGGUUUAUCCGAGCCGACAGCCAGCCAGCAGUCAGCGCCCACCAAGGCCGAGCGGAGCCACCUCAUCGUCUGGCAGGUCACAGCGUCUCACGACUGAAAGGAGCGCCACAGACUGUUGUGUCAGAAGCCACAACGCAUGCCCUCCUCCCACUUUUUAAAUUCAUAGUCCUGAUUGUUCUUAAAGCCUGAGUAGUCGACUACUUUGUAAAGAAAACAAAACAACAAAAACUGUUAUUUUUAGUCCAUGUUUUGUACAUUUUAUUCUUAGGUGAGGUUUUAUGUUAACUUAAAGAAAACGUCCAGGCGUUCCCUUCCUGCUGGGUGCAUGUUGGUGAAGCUAAAGUUAGCCAAUGGUCAGGGAAGUGUUUGUCUCCCAGAUGUUUAAAAGAAAAGGGUAUGGAUGCGAAAGAUUAAAGGGAAUUUAAUUUCUGAAGGAGCUUUUUUGCAGACAUUCAAAAAGGAGCAGGCAGUUUUGAGUUGCACUAAAGUUUAUUUUCUAUAAGACUCAUUAGGGCUGCAUUUGUAAUCCAUUCACUAAAUAUUUUUAUGACACUUCGAGCUGAGUGGAAAAACUCUAAUGUGGUUUCUUGUCACCUGCGAUUAAAAGGCGGAUUCUCCACUGGCCUUUGUUAGGAAAACACUUCACUCUGUUGCAUAAUUAAAUGUGCUUUUAGUCAGCAGAGUUUGUAGGAAAAACACGGUUUGAGAAGUUGCUUAAAAUCUAAAAGACACCCAGGUUGUAGGAAUAAUAUCUCAGCACAUUUCCUGUGAGCAGAAGAAGCAGCUUCCUGUCCUGUGGGUCGGCCUGUACGAGGACGUCGAUGCUCGGUGUGUUUUCUGGAAGCUAAAACCCUCAACUCAGUGCUUCCUGUUUGCUUCGUCUCAUUGGCACUUUAAAAUGUUAGAUGUGAGGGAACAAAAUGUACAAAUGACUUGAAGUAGGCGGUCCCAGGAACCAAACAAUGAGAGAAGAAGCAGCGCCAUGAACCCGUUGUGCUCGUCCAGUCAUAUGAGGGUGUAUAUUUUAAAGGGGAAUGAGCUUGAAUAAGGGAAAUGAACUGAAAAUAGCAUUUUUCCGUGGCACCUUGAACAAACGUCCACUAAAGAGAAUCCCUCCUGGUUGCUUCGUCAUUCCUUGUUUUAUUGUUACAGAUCCGUUCGGAGGCCUGGAAAGCAGUUGUCGUCUUAUUAUUUUUGCUGUUGUGCGUGUUUUGUAUUCAUGUGUGAGACGCUUUCAUCAAAUAACGAGUAUUUUGAUGAUCGACUGGUAGCAGGAUGCCAACAUUAAGCAGAUGUUUUUAUAUCUGAAGAGUCCAUCUCAAAACACUAACUUUGUGUUUUUUUGCCAUUCCAGUAUUUAUUUCCUCUGCUAUCGAGCCGAUCUCGGUUCAGAAUGUAACUUUCUACGUGAGCAAAAUAUCAUAGGAGGCUGUUGUGAACAAAAUAGUCCGGUGAGUUUACAUGAUUGUUAAUAAUGGUUCAAAAUAAAUAGAUUCAUGUAGUCACGAUCAAAGUGUGCAAACAAAAACUUGGUGGUUUUUGGGGACAGAAAAAAACAAACACAUUCAUGUACUAAAGCUAUGCAUGUUUUUUUAAAAAGAGAACACCGCUACGUUCCGUCAGCUUCGUCUCGGUUUAUUGCCACCGUUUUGGGUGGGCUGGAUGUGUGUGUAGAGUACAUGUAGGAGUGUGAACACAUUGGCCAGUGUGUGUGUGGUUGUGUGUGUGCAUACUGUAUGUCCAUGUGUAAAAGCCCAGAGGCCGCUCACGUUUACCUCCUCUGGACGCCAUGACGGUGGUUCCUCCUGGUCGAUGUUUGCUAAAAAAAAAAAACAGUAUCAUAGCCUUAUUUUUAACGAUCUAUUAAACUCAGUUUCAUGGGAA